GUUGGAUAUACUGAUUGGGCUCAACUUAUUGAUUGCCUGACAACAUUAUUUCAGGGAGUUACUUAUUUACUGUUUCUUGCAGCUUCUUGAACCUGGAAGAUAUAUAUGGUUGUUAAAAGCCUUGUAUGGUCUGCUGAUGCUUCUACCCCAGCAAAGUGCAGCCUUUAAGAUUCUCCGCACUCGUUUAAGAACUGUGCCAUCAUAUUCCUUCAAGGAAGAUAAUUAUAGGAGAACUUCAUCUGGGAUUCCUUAUUCUCAAUUUAAUUAUGGGGGAGGAGGGUCACAAAUCUCCGAGGGAGUCCUGAAUGAACAUUCACUUGACAUGCAUAAUGGGAUAAACUUUGCCUCAAAACUGCUGCAGUUUCAGCAAAUUCAGAAGCAACAUCAUUUGCAUUCAAAGUCACAGACUCAAUCACGUUUUAUGUCUACUUCAUCAGCGAAGGAUGUACAAAUAGCAGAAGAAUCAAAGCGAUCUGCCCAAGGAGCAGACUUGAAUCGACCCCCUUCAAGAUCAUCUCGCAGAGGCUUGGGACAGUUGCAACUCUGACUGUUUUCUUCUGCUUCGGAGUUGAUUGUAUGGGUGAUUGUAGUAUUCUUAUAAAGUUGUAAAUUAUCCUAGGAGCUUGUUUUGUCAAAACUUAAUGAGGGUUCGUACAGAAGAGGUAUUAGUUUUUGGCUUGGAUGGUCCCAAGCAAUUUCUUUUUUAUUUUGAAAGAAUAUUUAGGGGACAUUUUGUCUUAUGUAGUUCUAUUAUUUUUUUGUUGAAUACCAUUUGGGCGAAACAUGUAGGUUUGCAGGAUAUAUUAACAGUUCGUUUUAUUUAUAAUUCUUGUUACAAUGGUUUAAAAAUAAAUUAAUAGUUGUUUAUCAUGGUUAA